AUGGAUGAGCAAGUAAUCUUUACCACUAAUAAUACUGGUUCUGUUGCCAGUAUUCACUCGUUUGAACAAUCCACUUUGCGUCAAUGCACUGUUGGGAGCAGGAAUAGUGCCGUGCGGGUCGGGGACAAGUACCUAUUCGUGGCACAGGCCCAGAAGGCCCUGAUCAACGUCUAUAACCUUUCUGGUCCACACAAGAGAGAAUCUGUUGAGCAAAGACUGCCACUUCCUGAAGUUUUGAGCUGUUUAGCGACUCUUGAGGAUCCACGAUGCGAUACAAACCAUAAAAUCCCAGAUUUCAACGUCCCAUAUCUGCUGUUGGGAUCCACUGGUUCUGGGAAACUUUACAUAUGGGAAUUGAACUCAGGAAUUUUGCUAGGAGUGAAACCAUUGGCUCAUUAUCAGGCAAUCACUAAGAUCCAGUCGAUUUUACAAGGCAAAUACAUCGUUACUUCCGGUGCAGAUGCUCGAGUGAUAAUCUGGCAAACAUCUGAUCUUGUCUCUAUGAGUGAACCAAAACCUGUAUGUAUCCUACACGACCAUACCUUGCCUGUGACUGAUUUCCAGGUUUCUAGUACGAACGGUGACUUUCUAUCGCUCUCUGGUACCAAGCUAUUUACUGUUUCCGAGGACGGUACUCUUAGAUGUUACGAUUUGAGCUCCAUGGCUCGUAGCAAAACUUCGCAGCCUACUCUGAUUGCUACGUUUACGCUGCCGCUGGCAAUUACAGCGCUAACUCUUGAUCCUGCAGAUAGAGCAUGCUACAUCGGUACCGCAGAAGGCUGCUUCAGUUUGCAGCUAUUCUACAAACUAAGUGGGUCAAAAUUGGUUAAUCUGGUGCAAUUGAGCGAUGGUAAAGCCCGUAUCUUUUCUCUCACAGAGUCGUCGAUGGAGUUGAAGGCUACCCAAGACAGGGAAAAGCUCUAUGCGAUCGGACAACUAUUAUGCGAGAAAGUAUCCAGUACAGCCGUCACUUGCUUCGAAAUCUCGAUGGACGGUACUCUUCUGCUGGUAGGUGACUCAGAGGGUAAAGUUUCUGUCACCGAGAUCUACUCCAAGCAGAUUCUCAGAACCAUGCAGCCCAUUUCCACAUCACAGACAAUCCAUGGUGGUGUAACGAAUCUAAUAAUUGAUACGCAAUUAAACGCCAAUCAGAACGAAGUUGGUGCUGACAGUGCCAAGGUAUCUCCAAACGCAAAGAUUCCGUCAUUACAAAGAGUUAUAUUUGAUUCUAGUAAACCGGGGCAACUGCACGAUAUUUUCCAUCAAGUUGGAGAAGAGAACGGCUCGACUUCCCUGUGUCUCGAUGAUUUUGAUGCUUACGCAGAUCAGCUAAGGUCCCAACAAAGCAUUAUUUCGCAAUCUAAUGGUGCCCAAAGUACGGUACUCAUCGCAGAACAGGAGCCUUCUAAGGAUAGCUCCGCAAAGGAUCAAGAGAUCGCCGACCUAAAGGACAACGUCGAAUCGCUCAAGAGCGCUUAUAAAGAACUACGUGAAUUACACGAAAAACUGUACCAGGAGCACGAAAAACUGCUGGAGACCACCAUCUAA